AUGAAAGUCGCGUGCCUCCAGUUCGCCCCGGAGGUAGGCCAAGUGCAAGCGAACAUCCAGCGCGCCGACAGCAUACUAAAAGCCACGCCAAUACCCGCCGACCUAGCCUGGCUCAUUCUGCCCGAACUCGCCUUCUCGGGCUACAACUUCCACUCGCUCGACGAGAUCAAGCCCUUCCUGGAACCCACCACGGCAGGCAUCUCUACCCAGUGGGCCCAGCAGGUCGCAAAGCACUACAACUGCCAUGUCACCGUCGGAUACCCGGAAGUCACGGUACCCUCCAAGAACCCAUCCGAUGCCCAGACGCAGUACAACUCCACCGUGACCGUCUCGCCCUCUGGACAGAUACUGAACAACUACCGGAAAUCCUUUCUCUACUACACCGACGAAACAUGGGCGUCCGAGGGUCCAGGCUCCAAGUCGCAUAGCCUUUCCAAUCCCGCGUCCCCAGACGCGCCCUUUUACUCUGGCGACCUGGGCGACCUGGGCAAAGUCACCCUGGGCAUAUGCAUGGAUAUCAACCCGUACAAGUUCAUCUCUCCGUGGUCAGACUACGAAUUUGCGUCGACGGCACUGUCUGCCCAAUCGCCCAUUGUUUGCGUGUCCAUGGCUUGGCUGUGUCAUCUGUCGCCUACCGAACUCGCAACGGAUCCGUCGCAGCCGGACAUAGCGACAGUGGCAUACUGGGUCGAGAGAUUCCAACCGCUGGUCGAGGCCAAGGGCAGCAAGCCCGUGUGCGUGAUCCUGGCCAACCGGUGUGGAAUGGAAAAGGGUCUUUGUUAUGCUGGGAGCAGCACGGUGCUACGCAUUGACAAGGGCGUUGUUAGCCUUUACGAGACGGCGGGGAAAAGCGAGGAGACGUGUCUGGUGGUGGAUUUGACAGACCGCCCCAAGUUUCAGCUGAGAAGUGGGCGGUAA